AUGUCGACGGCUGAUACGAGCUCCCCCACCAACAGCACCCGCACCAUGUCCACCGUAACCUCCGCCGCGCCGUCCGCCGCGCCGUCCGGGGCGCCGGUGUCGAUGAGCUCGUCGAGCGUAACGGGCACCAAGGCCCUGGCGAAGCGCGCCAUCCGCGUCGCGCAGGCCGUGGCCGACGCGCGGCUCGACAGCGCGUACGAGGACGCGUCGGAGGGCUUCGACUAUCACGACUCGGUGGAGGCGAGCAAGGGCAUCACGCAGACGGACGGCGGGCAAAGCGGCGCGCAAGGCGGCGGGAAACCCGGCGGCGCGCCGGUCGCGUCGUACCUGCAGCGCAUGCAGCGCGGAGGGUUGAUCCAGGCGUUCGGAUGCCUGGUGGUGGUGGAAGAAGGGACGUUUAACGUGCUUGCUUUUAGCGAGAACGCUAAGGAGAUGCUGGGGUUGAUCCCGAAGCCUAAGACGGAGGAAGAGCUGGAAGCGGAGAAGAAGGCGGCGGAGGAGGCGGAGCGGAAGAGGGCGGAAGAGGCGGCGAAGGCGGAGGCGGAGGCAGCAACGGCGUCCCCGAGCAAGUCCGGGAAGUCGGGCAUUGGUGAGUUCAACGCGUGCGAGGAGACUAACGUGUGUUCCCUCAAGGAAAAGAUAUCCUCCGCGAUUCGCGGCCACAAUGCGGCCAGCUCCAAGCACUCCAAGCAGCGCGGGCGCAGCGCCGCGCCUUCCGCCAGCUCCGGCGGGCGCGUGGGCUCCCCCGCGCGCUCGCAGUCCCCCUCGCGCUCGUGGCGCAGCGGGUUCCGCGCAAGCCGCCGCGCGGAGGACUGGGAGGGCGCGCACUCGAACCUGAGCAAGGCGGGGGACGCGGAAUCCGCUCCGCCUGCUCCGCCGCCGCUUCCUCCGCUCCCUGUGCUCGAUUUUGGGGUGGACGCGCGUUCUCUCUUCACGCCUGACAGUGUGACCGCUCUCGAAAAAGCCACCGGUGCAGCCGACCUGAGCAUGAUCAACCCUGUCUUAGUGGAAGCCGCCGUGUCCAACCGCGGCGACCACCGCCCCUUCUACGCCAUCCUGCACCGCAUCGACGUGGGCAUCGUGAUCGACCUCGAGCCCAUCCGCGACGCCGAAAACAUCUUCACGGGCGCGGGGGCCCUGCAGGCGCACAAGCUCGCCGCCAAGGCCAUCGCUAGGCUCCAACGCAUGCCGCCCGGCGACAUGAUCAUGCUGUGCCAGGCCGUCGUGGAGGAGGUGAAAGAACUAACCGGCUACGACCGCGUGAUGACUUAUAAAUUCCACGAGGAUGAGCACGGAGAGGUGUUGGCGGAAGCUAAGAAAGAAUCUAUGGAGCCUUACCUUGGUCUCCACUACCCCGCGACCGACAUCCCCCAGGCCAUCCGGUUCCUGUUCAUGAAGAACCGGGUGCGGUGCAUCUGCGACGCGUAUUCCGACGAGGUCAAGGUGGUGAGGGAUGAGGGGCGGCUCAAGCAGCCGGUGACGCUGGCAGGGUCGCAGCUGCGGGCAGCGCAGCGCUGCCACAUCCAGUACAUGCGCAACAUGGGCACCACAGCUUCCAUGACCAUGGCCGUGAUUAUCAACGACGAGGACGCCCCCCAGCAGGCCCCGCAGGGAGCGGCGGGGGGCGCGACUCCCGCGCAGGCGAACCGUGGGAAGAAGCUGUGGGGGCUGGUGGUGAAUAUGGAGCUUGAGAUGGCCCGGCAGCAGCGCGAGAAGGAGAUGCUGCGGACUCAGACGCUCCUCUGCGAUCUCCUCAUGCGCGGGGAUGCUCCCCUCGGGAUUGUCUCGCAGAACCCGAAUAUCCAGGACUUAGUUAAGUGCGACGGCGCCGCGCUGUACUACGCCGGGCGGUUCUGGCUGUUGGGGACGACUCCCACUGAGAUGCAGAUCUUGGAUAUUAUUGACUGGCUGGAUACGGCGCAUCCUGAUUCGUCCGGUCUGAGCACCGACAGCCUGGCAGAAGCCGGGUAUCCGAGAGCUGAAGAGCUCGGGGAUGGGGUGUGCGGGAUGGCAUGCGCGCGGCUGUACGCGCGGGACGUUCUGCUGUGGUUCCGGUCGCACGUGCGGAAGGAGGUGCGGUGGGGCGGGGAGAAGCAUGACAACAAGGACAAGGAGGAUGAGCAUCCGGAGAGGAUGGCGAUGGGCCCGAGGGCGAGCUUUGCGGCGUUCCUGGAGGUGGUGCGGCAGCGGUCGAUGCCGUGGGAGGACGUGGAGAUGGACGCCGUGCACUCGCUGCAGCUCAUUCUGAGGGGGCAUUUGACCAGCUUCAGUGACAAUGACAUGCGCGACAUGAUGCUCAACCGCAUGCGCGACCAGGAAAUGGAUCGCCUGAGUGCCACUGAAAGUGAGAUGGUGCGAGUCCUGGAAACAGCUACAGCGCCCAUCCUGGCAGUGGACAGGGACGGGUGUGUCACCGGGUGGAACGCCAGGCUGGCGGCUCUGACAGGGCUCGCCACAGGGGACGCCCUGGGGAAGCACCUGAUCACGGACCUGGUGGUGGAGGGCAACGUGGACGCUGUUGGGCGCGCGCUGUUCCUCGCUCUGCAAGGUCAGGAGAGCAAGGAGCUGGAGAUCCACUUGCGCACGUGGGGCGUCGUGCAGUCCUCCAAGGAUUCCGUCAUCCUCGUUGUCAACGCCUUCGCCAGCCGCGGCACAGCCAUGGGGGGCGAUGACAUGGAGGAGGUGGUGGGGGUGUGCUUCGUGGGGCAGGACGUGACGGCUCAGAAGGCGGUGCAGGGCAAGUUUACUCGCCUGCAGGGCGAUUAUGAGGCGAUUGUGCACGGCAACAACUCGCUCAUCCCGCCCAUCUUUUCUACCGACGAUUUCGGCAACUGCACGGACUGGAACCCCGCAAUGGAGAGGAUCACGGGGGUGCCACGUCAGCAGGCGAUCGACCGGCUGCUGCUGGGCGGCAUUUUCGGCCCCAUCUGCCGCAUGAAGGCAGACACGAUGACGAAGCUGAUGAUUGUGAUCAACAAGGCCCUGUCCGGCCAGAUGACUGACCGCUACCCUCUUGAAUUCCUGGAUGCCCAUGGCCAACUGGUGGAGGCUUUACUGACCGUGCAAACCCGCAGGGACUCCGACGGCCAUGUCACAGGCGUGUUCUGCUUCCUGCACACCGUCUCGGCCGAGCUCCAGGCAGCCCUCAACCUGCAGCGCGCCACGCAGGACUUUGCCAAGGAGAAGGCCAAAGCCGUCGCCUACACGCGAGAUGCCAUUCGCGGGCCUCUGGACGGGAUUGAGCAUGCGCUGGAGGGGCUGCGGAAGGAGGAAAGAGAGGGGCGGCUGGUUGGGGAGGAGGAGAGGAAUGCGAUUGGGGUGGCGGAGCGGUGCAAGGAGCAGGUGGAUAGGAUUCUUGGGGAUGAUGAUAUUGACACCAUUGAGGAGGGCUACGUGAACAUCAUCCCGGCCGUCUUCACAAUUGCCUCGGUCAUCGAUGCAGUCAUUGCUCAGGGCAAGCAAGCUGCCGCCCGCCGCGGCGUCUCCCUGGCCUUCGACCCGCCGCCGCAGCUGCGCUCGUUCCCCGGCCUCGCAGGGGACCCUGCUCGCCUGCAGCAGGCCCUGGCGGAGUACCUGACCAGUGCCGUGGCGUUUACUCCGCAGGGCGGGUGGGUGAAGGUUCGGCUUGUGACGAGCACGCGCAGUCUGUUCGGCGACCAGGGCUCCCUCAAGUGCGAGUUCCGCGUGCAACACUCGGGCGCCCUCCCCCAGGAGCUGGUGCAGCAGCUGUACGACGAGGCGGAUCCCACCACGCGCACACAGGAGGGGCUCGGCCUCUCUGUGUGCCGCAAGAUCCUGCUCGCCAUGGCGGGCGAUGUGCAGUACGACCGCAACUACAACGCCUGCGAGUUUGUCGUCCGCAUUGGGUUCCCCUUCGCUUAG